AUUCGUUGGGAGUACAUCUGUAAAGAAUUAUACAGAAUUGAACAAUUUAAAAAUUGGGUUUUGAACAAAUGUGUGAAAUAAUAAAUAAGUUUAAAUACUAUUUAAUUAAUUUAGCAGGAAAUUGUUAUAAAAUAAAAAAAAUGGACGUAACAAGAGACAACAUGGAAAACUUAAAUAAGGAAGAUACAGUUGAGAUGUUGGUGAAAGCAAACUUGUAUUUAAAGCACCAUGACAGUUGGGAUGAUUGGAAGACGUAUGUAAAACAGCAGGAAAUACUGCAGCUCAUUAUUAACAUGGAAGCUCCGCUGCAGCAGAGACGAGCAUAUGCCUAUAAGGUUUCCACGAAUAUUUCGACCAGAGAACAACCUUUGAUAAAAACACUAAUCUUUAAGCUACAACGUUUGAACAAAGUGAAACAAUUCUAUAAAUGGGCUUCGUAUAAUGGUGUCCGCUACGAUUGUUUUAAAUUUCAGAAGUUUCCUGACUUACAUUAUGGUUUAAUAGCCAAUGAGGAUAUCAUAAAAGAUGAUUUAAUAUUAAGUAUUCCACGUAAACUGAUGUUGACAGGGGAACAUUUGGACUGUACUAUGUUUGAUCGAUUGCCGAAUAUGAAAUUGGUGUUAGCUUUAAUCGAGGAGUCGCUUAAACCGGACUCAUUUUGGAGACCCUACAUUGAUAUAUUGCCCAAUAGCUAUAAUACAGUUUUGUAUUUUACGGUUGAGGAAAUGUCUGAGUUAAAUGGCUCUAAUGCUUUGCCGACUAUUUUAGAAUUUUGCAAAAACGUAACUCGUACGUAUGUGGAAAUUUAUUAUAUAAGGAGGGAUAUGCCACAGUUCAACUAUGAUUUAUUUAGAUGGGCCGUUUCUACUGUUAUGACCCGGGAAAAUCUUAUUCCCCGCUCCAAACCCUUGCCGGGCGAAGAAACACCCUCUACUAUUGCUGCCUUAAUACCUUUCUGGGACAUGGCCAAUCAUCGUAAUGGCUCUAUCUCUUCUUUCUUUAAUGUGGAGACCCAAGAGAUGGAGAGCAAAGCCCAGGAGGACUUUAAAAAGGGUGAACAGGUUUUCAUACAUUAUGGCGAUCGUUCUAAUGCCGAGCUAAUGACUCACAAUGGUUUCAUCAAUGCCCAAAAUCCCAAAGACAGUGUAACCAUUAAACUGGGCUUAAGUACCUCCGAUGCUCUAUUCGCGAAACGCAAUCAACUCUUGCAACUGCUCAACAUACCAAAGACUUGUGAAUUGAAAGUUCUACCUCCACCCGAGCACAUUUCCUCGGAACUUUUAGGUUUCGUUCGUGUCUUCAACAUGAAUGAAGAACAAUUGGAUCACUGGAUAACGUCUGAGCGUGCCAUGGACCUGCUGCAUAUUGAUUGUGCUUUAGAAACUGAAUUGGAGUCGAAAACCUGGCAGUAUUUGCAGAUACGCCUUAUGCUACUAUUGAGAGCCUUCUUCACCACCCUGGAAGAUGAUGAAAAUCUAUUUGAGGGACUAAAAAAGGGUGAAAUAAAGCCAGCAAGAACCUAUAUACAGAUGAUGAUAUUGGAGUAUCGUAUACUGGAGAAACGUAUACUGACUGCUGCUUUGGAUUAUGCCAAACAAAGGACCAAAGCCUAAGCAGCAACAGCCACUUUAACAAGAUGAACAAGAUGAAUUAAUAAUAAAAAAGCGCUGAAUAUAUAUGUUACAAGUAGCAACAAAACUUUUUUUAAAAAGCCCUGGAGAAGAACUACAGAUAUAAUGGCCACUUUACAAUGUUUUUUAAGUAAAAAAAAUAAAAUAAUUCAAAAAAAACCUAGAGAUAAAACAGUACAGACUGUAACAACUACUAAUAUAAAGAUGCCGACAAAAUAACAAAGGAAUUCGAAACCAAAUAACCAACAAUAACAACUACACAACCGCAAUGCAACAAAGUUAAAGGACAACAACAAAAACAAUAGAUCACAAACACAGCUAAGAGUGUGUGUAUAAGAGAAUUAUUAAAGAGACAAAGUCAUCUUAAGAAUACUU